AGAGAAAGAUAAUACUCAUUUUUCGUUCUGCAAUUUUUGGCUUGUUUCUCAUGCAACAAAGCCACAAAAGCUGAUCAAAAGAUGGGGAAAAAAAGAGGGUUUCUUUCCAAUUCAGAUUUCGGAUCAAAAUUUAUACAAACUUUACAUAUGCAGGCAAUCCUCGAUCAUUGGUAAGUUUAGAAAGACUAGUUUCAAGGAUUGCUCCAUUUCUAGGGUAGAGUUUUAAGGUGGAUGAAGAUGGUGAAUGGAUAUGAAUCACUAGAAAUUUCACUUGCUUUAACAAUCCAUGUAUCAUAGGGAUUCAAAAGGCAAGAACAUGUUCUUACAUAGAUCUUCCCCCAGCUAAGACAUCAUCACUUCACUUAGUAUAAUCUUCAAACACGAGUUUCGGAUUACACAGGUCCUAUGCUCCGAGAAAAAAGGGUUUAUUCAGAAAACCAGAGAUCAAUCGAAUUCGAAUGAUGAAAUUUUUCGCUUCUGGGUGUAUCGGAAAACCCACCGUCUCCGCCUUCUCUGUCGGAUGGAGAUCGGGAGGAGAUGAUCUCCGGGGGAUCUCUGGUUCUCGCUCAUACGACGUCGUUUUGAAUCUCACCCGUACGACGCCGUUUUCGGGCGGAGAGGUUCUCUGGAGGGAACUGGGCGGGGCGGUGAUCCCCGAUUCGCAGUCGCACGGUAACUUCGGUGCACCGGCGAAUCAGGACCAUCUAUUCCUCCAACAGCAGCCGCAGUUUCAUCAUCAAGGCCUGCAAUUCAGCAAUAUCAGCACUUCCAGUGCAUCUUACAGUCGCCUCCUCCUUUGCAAUCGCCGUCGCAGUCCCAGCCAUAGCACGAGCAUCAGUCGCUGGCUUCUCACUUCCAUCUCCACCCGUUGGUGGAGAAACUAGCGGAUACAAUCCGAAAUGGGACACGGGACGGACCCGAAUUCUGAUGCCCUGGUUGCUGAAAUGAACAGACAUUUUGACUAAGUGUCGGCAUCUUUUGAAAUAUAUUUCGGGAUCUCUUGGCUCUAAAACAACGGUAAAGCUUGAGAUUCCUAGACAUUUUGGAUCAUAGUUCCCUUCUGUUUCAUGCCCUCUCACUUCGGCUUAAGCUCUUCGAGGUAUUGAUCAGAAGUGAUUUCGCUAGACACGACAAUCUGCAAAACUGUCAUCAGAUUGUCAUUUUUGUCUUAAGAGAUCAGUUUGUUUGCGUUCCAUAACUAGAGAACGAGGUUUGUCUGAUACACGGAUGUUCUGAAAAUGGCUUGCUCGCUAGAUUAGAAUGGUAGCUUUAGUCUCUUGUUGAAGUUUACGGUUCUUGUUCAUAGACUUUUGCAGGACAGAAGGGAAAAGCUGGAGGAAAACGAGCAGUUGUCCGAACAAAGGAGGCGUGAUUGUUAUCCAGAACGUGUCCUUGAUCCGUUUGUCGUUGUCAGGCCUCUGUUUUCUUGUUAAGCUUGCUCUUAUUUUCGAUCCCCGAUCAUGUCAGGGAACUGAUUGCGAAAAUACACAACGUCAUUUCAAGACGAACUCUUGGUUUCUUGUUUCUGUGCCUACCUUACCGUUCAAGAUUAUGGUGGCAUCUGUUUCUUGAUAUUCAUUGCUAAUUCAACACUUUUGCCGCCAGGGCACACGAUUCACUGCUUCAAAGUUCAACAUGUCAAGGGUUCUGGGCAUUACAUUACUUCCAUCUUCUUUGUUUCCUUCCGAUGUCCAACUUGUCUCCCUGUCUUGUCUCUGCAGUUUCAGAUUGUUCUGCGUCAGAAGCAAGUCUGCAGAGGGAAACGGAUAGAUGAUAUGUCAAAUGGGCACGAAUCAUUUGCAUGGAGAUCGACGUAAAAUCUCAUCCAAGAGGCUGUAAAUUGGACCUUGAACCAUUUAAACCAGAGAGAGGGCUUAACCGCCAAUGUCAUGAAAAAACAUAUCUGGUUCUUAUCCAAAUGGCAGCGGUAAGUAGAUGGGGAAUGGAAGAGACAAGGUCUAAAAACCGCAGGAGAAAUCUAAGGAACAGAACCCGCAAUUCCGAUAAGAUAACCAACACAGAAAAUGCCCUCAGGCAGCAUCUCGGCUUUCCCUUCGACAUUAAGCAACAUCCAGAGAACAGGGAACAGCACUGGUGGCACGAACCAGGCAUGUGCUGCCUGCAAGUACCAACGUAGGAAAUGUGCCCCUGACUGUCUUCUCGCCCCUUACUUCCCUCACGACCGUCACCGUCAGUUCUUGAAUGCCCACAAGCUCUUUGGUGUCAGCAAUAUCACCAAGAUCAUCAGAACGCUUAACCUGCCCGAGAAAGAUGCAGCCAUGAACUCCAUCAUGUUUCAAUCAGAUGCUCGAGCCAAGGAUCCUGUUGGUGGCUGUUACAGAAUCAUAAGGGAGCUCCAAUACGAGAUCGAGUGCACCAGGAACGAGCUCGAUCUCGUUCUUCAGCAUCUGGCUCUGUUCAGGGAAUGUGCCCAUCAAGAACCGCGCACCCAGAUCCAAGAACCAGAGGAUAUCUCCAGUUUUUCGAGUUCUUUUGAUCUGAAUAACUCAUUACCAUGUAGUUAUCCCCUUCACGAGCAAGCACAAGAACAGCAGUUCUGUACUUUUACAGGGUUGCAAGAAGAUAUGUGGUGUCUGCAGCUGCAAGAAUCGUCAACAACAGCGAAUAUGGAACAGGUUGAAGAUGUCUCAAGCGAAAGACAUGAACAUGUCGAGUUCGAGCAUGAAGGUUUUGCGGAAAGGAAUCUGAACAUGGCUUCUGCACAAUUGAUCAUAUCCUCAUAGGGCGACCUACCCAUCAAGAUCUAUAUCGACAUUUUUCUGACAAAGGAACAGUUUUUCUUGUUGUUCCCCCUUUCGUCAAUGGCAGAAUCAAUUUUGUAGGCUCGCCAAAUUUCUAACAGAUUUGUUUAAAUGUCAUUUGAUUUCAGAAACAAUGGAUCUAUACAAGAAACCGGUAUAAGAUUCUAUCUCUGAGUCAAUCUCUGCAUGAAUUUCUGUA